AAUGACAUCAAAUAACACAUACACAGAGACUGUGUCUCAACACAACUUCAUUUCACGUUAACAUCCAUUGUAUAAUAAUUAGUGAAAAGUUUUCUGUUUUGGUGUGAAUAUUGUUUUUUCUUUCGACGAAAAAACUAUGAACAAUAAGAAAUGGUUACUAAACAAAAGUCCCUGUAUUUUGAUUACAAAAACCUGCACUUAAGCCGAUCUAAACUGAAACAGUCGUCGCAAGUGUCGGCCCUAUUAUCCGGAUUUGCAUUAGUAGCGAUGGUCGAGUUGGACGUAGAAACAGAUGAAAAGAGUAAAAACAUGAUACCAUUCUCACUGUUGCUGCUCUUCAUAAUAGUGACCACUUUGUUAGUGUCGGUGCAUAUGUUGGCGCUAAUGAUCUCCACCUGUAUAUUGCCGCACAUCGACGCCGUGUCGGCCAUACAUAACGGACAGUCGUCUCUCCAUAACGACUCCCCACACCAUAAGAUGAGACACUUUACGUCCAUCGCGUGGUUCUUCUCGACAGUGAUUGGGAUCUUUCUCUUCCUACUCGAGCUCACGAUUAUUGUUUGGGUUAAGUUCUGGUUUAUAUACGGCGGUUGGGUUGCCAUUGUCUCAACAAUUGUGUUGAUGCCAGUGAUCGGCGCCUUCAUCUACUUUGCCUACCAUUUCUACCAUCAAUUGGUCGCAUAUAAGGUGGAGAGGACUGAAUUUGUGUUACAAGAGCUGGAAGAGUUGGCUCAACACUUACAAGACUCUCAAAUCAAGUCAACCAUUGAUUUCCAUUGA